AUGUUACAUAGUGCAAAUCCCUUAUCAAGUCUACAUCAUGGUCCAGAUUCUCCAGCGAGCGCUUCACAAUCGGAUAUAUUACUCGGUGAUAUGGAGUCUAAUUUUGAAUUGAUUCGAGAUCAAAUGCGCCGAAUGGAAGAACGUGUAGAAGGUCUAAAAAUCAACAGAAAUACUGAAAGUGAAACGCGCUUAGAUCGUUUACGUGAAGAGAAUGCUCGUUUAACUGCACAAAUCACUGUUUUAGAAGAACGUCUUAAAGAGGCUGAUGCAAGGUCGAGCCGUGUAUUAGAAGCUGAACGACAGCAUAUGCAAUCAAUUUUGUCACGCUCUUCGCGAGAACAUACUCAAGAAUCAGAAACGUUACGUGCUCGGAUUAUUUCUUUAGAAAGUGAAUGUUCCGAAUUACGUGUUCAGUCAGCUCGUAUCAAAGCAGACAACCAAACGUAUAUUAUUGAUCUUCGAAGAACCAAUGAACAAUUAACUGAAUCACAAGAACAAGCACGUAGUUUUCAAGAAGAAUUAAAAUCAUUAACGACUAAACAUACUAGAGAAAUGGAAGUUCUUCGAAAAGAUCGUGAUCAUGCGGUACAUGUAUUAGAAGAGCUGAAUGGUUCUAUGGGUGGUAAACGAAGAAGUCGAGUCGGUUCAGGUUCAGGUACACUUACAGCAGCCGCAGCUAGCACUGGUUCAACUGAAGUGUUAGCACGUUAUCAAGAGGUUCAAGAAAUUGUUCGUCGACUAACUGCUGAAAAUAAAAUAUUACGACAACAAGUGGAAGAAGCUCAAGAAGAAUUACUUACACAAUCACUUCAACAAGGUCAAAGCUUAAUACGUUCAUCAGAGAAAAGUUGGGCUUCUGAAAUAGAUAAUUGUACUAAAGAAGAGGUAUGGUUCUAAUUAAUUUUUUAUUGGAUUUGGAUUUAUACGUAUAUAUAAACCUAGUUUACUCAUAUGUAAAAGUUCAAUGUGGCUAUAAAUGGAAUCGUGGAGUUUGAACGUCAACACUAGGAUACAGGUACAUUCGGUUGACGAGGUUGAAAUUAGACGAAACUCACUGUCUGAAUUCUACUGCUAGUCACUAUCCAACUGUGCCCCCAAAAUGCUUGUGAAUAGUCCGACCAGUAUGUGCAUAUACUAAAAGAAACUGAUCAGUUGCAAUCCUUAACUCAGACAACUGAAUUUUAACCAAACUUUUUCUGAAAGAAACUAAUUUACCUAAUACAAUCUUGUGUACUCAGUUUUGAACAACAUUUGUUUAUAUGAUGGUUGGUAAAGUAUGUGGUGUGCGUAUCUGUGUGUAUGGGAGUCGAAACUACAACCUGUUGUCGAAUUAUUAUCCAAAGAGAAAUAUGCAAAUGAACAACUGCGUAAAUAUAUUGACGAUUUAAUUACACGAAUUAUUGAACGACAUCCAUCAUUGUUGGAGAUUGCAAGUGGAGGGGGUGGAUCAUAGAUUCAUGCUGUCUAUGAGUGUUUGCCGGUCCAUCCAACUAACUAACUGAUUUACUUAUUACUUGGAUAAAACUAUACAUAUACAACUUUGUAAAAGAGAUAUUUUCUAUUUACUUAUAU